UGAUGUCUAUAUUAGUGCGCCGGAAGUGUGCUUCGGGAGUGCGACGCACAGGCGGCUGUUCUACCGGGUGAAGCCAGUGGGUGAGGCCUGCGACAAAGGUACCUUUCGGCGUGAGGACCUCCGCAGCUUUAAGAAACAGCGGUCGCCAUGACAGCCCAAGGGGGCCUGGUAGCCAACCGAGGGCGACGGUUUAAGUGGGCCAUUGAGCUGAGCGGGCCCGGAGGAGGCAGCCGGGGCCGAAGUGACAGAGGCAGUGGCCAGGGAGAUUCCCUGUACCCAGUCGGUUACUUGGACAAACAAGUGCCUGAUACCAGUGUUCAAGAGACAGACCGGAUCCUGGUGGAGAAGCGCUGCUGGGAUAUCGCCUUGGGUCCCCUCAAACAAAUUCCCAUGAACCUCUUCAUCAUGUACAUGGCAGGCAAUACUAUCUCCAUCUUCCCAACUAUGAUGGUGUGUAUGAUGGCCUGGCGACCCAUUCAGGCACUUAUGGCCAUUUCAGCCACUUUCAAGAUGCUAGAAAGUUCAAGCCAGAAGUUUCUUCAGGGUUUGGUCUAUCUCAUUGGGAACCUGAUGGGUUUGGCACUGGCUGUUUACAAGUGCCAGUCCAUGGGGCUCUUGCCCACACAUGCAUCAGACUGGCUAGCCUUCAUUGAGCCCCCUGAGAGGAUGGAGUUCAGCGGUGGAGGACUGCUUCUGUGAACUAGAGGAAGAAGCACCCAGGGCCUAAGUAUUUAGGCUUCAGUUACUUCCUCCUCAAACCCAGUGUCUCCUAAGUAAUAACUCUUAAAAUAAACAUUCACAAUGAAAAGAACCAAAAAACUUUUCUCCAUGGCGAGGAGACAGGUCCCAGAAAGACAACGUGCAUUUUAUUACAAACAUGAAGAAGUUAUACUGCAACCCUUGACUGAAAAUAAUGUAGAAAACUUUAUUUAUGUUUCCAGUACAGAGCAAAACAACAAAUAAAACCAGAACUGUAUGUAAACAAAACAAAUGAUUGCUGCUAAAUCAAGAAGCAUAGCAGCAUCUCCUUUCAAUAAAUUAAAUGAUUGAGAACAAUGCUUAAAAAAGUUUCACAAGUUUCCCUUAAAUCUAUUUUCCUUAAUAUUUUACUUUUGUUUAAUGCACACCAGUACAUACUCUUUUGGAGACACUUGAAAAUGUGAGAACUAAUGUUGUAUUCAAAUUAUACAUGAUGAGAAGAAAAUAAACCAGAAAAAAAAGCACAUAAAUAUGCUUACAGUCUAACUGUUACUUAAUACCCACAAUAAGGAAUUUUUAACGUGUAGGGGGAAUGAGGACUGGUGGAAUCCUUGGGGCCACAAGAAUCAGAGGCAACAAGAUAAAGAGCAGUAAUCUUUCCUGCCAACAGGAACCUGGCACCUGCAGAGCAGACGCUGCAGUUCAGACUCCAGCUUUUAAGAGCUCUGGAAGGCAGAAGGCCAGCAUGUGUAUUAUUACCUGCCCUGGUAAAGUCACAGGAAGGACUUAAAUGCUGGGUCUUUUGCAAAAGGCAGAAGGUCUUCAUCUUCCCUCUUGAAACCAAAAGCCCCUUCCCCUAAGGUGCAUUCUCUCUCAAGUUUUCAGUAUUGCUUUAUUUGCAGUGAUUAAGAGGCGACACUUGGCAGACAAACAACACAAGCAACAACAGACAUGAAAUGCUCUAGACAAGGCUGAGUAUAAAUCUGGCCUAAUAACCAUUUUUCCAUGUAACAGCAAUUGUGUGUUUUUAGGACUGGAAUUAUGGCUAUACAUAUAUUUUGUUGUUUUUUGGUAUUGGGGAUCGCACUCAAGACUUUGUGCUCACAAGGCAGGUGGUGGAACUACUGAGCUAAAUCCCUGGCCCAAAUCGUGGGUAUAUUAAUGGCCACCAGUUGGCUUUAUCUCUUCAAAACAUUUCUUAUAGAGUGCCACCCACAAACAGUACUUCUAAAAUUAACCUUGUUUUCUGCUUAUAUAUCCUAUGUGGAAAAAAGUAUGGAGCACUUUGGCCAGGGGCAUGUGUAAAUGCUGCCCAAUUCCUAGGCAGGCUGACUUAGAGGGUAUGGGUCUUUAAGAUGCUGAGUCAGUCACUAUACUCAACUAUACAAUGGAGUGUUACAAUGGGAGUUGUAAACAAACUUUCUACCCUCUGCAGGAAGGAGAAGGGAAAAAAACUCUUAAGGUCCUGUCUGUGUUGCUACCCUGAGUGGGCUUAGAGUUUGAAAGAAGAGCAAAGGGAAGAAAUCAAAAUGACUCAUUUCCUUAAGCUAUACUGAAGGGUUUUCUCUGUCCCUGUGGGUCAAAUAAUUACCCGUGACAGUUAAGAGUCAGCUUGUUGCAUAUCCUACUAGGUAAUCAAAGAGUGGCACUAUAUAUCAUUAAUAAAAUGAAACUUAGAAGCAGCCAUAAAUACAUACA